AUGUACCUUACACCUCCCUCAACCUCGGACUCUCCAGUAUCGCAGUAUUCGCAGUUCUUCGAAACGAGUUCGUCUAGCUCUGACACUUCCUGCCCUCCGAAUCGCCUGCCGUCUUGCUACGACUCUCCAUUGCAGCAAACUGUUUCCACAGGCGUUUCACAGUCAGACUUGGAACCAGACUCGUAUUCCCAUCACGCUCGCUGGCUCUCAUUACCCCAGAGCCAGCUGCUAUCUCCGCCUCCCAUGGACCACGGAAGCACUGCUUGGGUCACCUCAGAUGGCUUGGUAGCAGGUACCAGUACAGCGUCUUCAAGCUCGGUGGAACCUGAUGCUUUGCAUGCAGACUUCAACGCAUUUACAGGAUACGACUCUUGUUUGCCUGCUCCAUAUCAAACACAUGAUGCCUAUAUGCCAGCGGGUCGAAACCCAUCAGUCCAUGAGCCCUCAUUGCCUUCUACCAGCCAAUCCGGGCGAGCGCCCACAUUAGGAGCGAGACCGUACGGAUACUUGCAAGACCCAUCUAACUCUAGAUAUAGAGUUGAAGGUUCCGUCAGUAGUUACAGCCAGACUUAUGAACCGCAAUCUUACUCGACUCCUGGUCCGUCUACUUCUGCCUAUCAAACCGAAGGGGCACCCUUCACUUCGAACCUGCCUCCCAGCAUGGGUGCAAGUGCUUCUCCAGCUUGGCCCAAGCAAGAGUAUGAAGUGUCUCAGUUCUAUUCAACCCCGCAAAGUCAACUUGCUGAUAUUGGCAACGAGAGGAGGCUACUAAAGACGAGUAAGGUCAAGAGACCCACCAGAAAACACACGUCGAAGGAGGAGGCGAACUUUCAAUGCGAAGUGAAGGGGUGCGGGAAGUUCUUCAGCCGCAGCUACAACUACAAGUCCCAUCUGGAGACUCAUGACGAGAAGCGCGAGUACCCUUUCCCCUGUACUGUUGAUGGAUGUACCAAGAAAUUUGUGCGGAAGACGGAUCUUCAGCGGCAUCACCAGAGUGUGCAUAUGAAGGAGCGCAACCACAAGUGUGACUAUUGUGGACGUCUGUUCGCCCGAAAAGAUACGCUGAGAAGGCAUAUGGAAGACGGCUGUUCAAAACGAUUUGAUAUCGGUACACUCAACCUGCAAGGCCCGGGGUUUGCUGGUCUUGGAAUUGUUAGCCCGAACCGAACAUCAGUCUUAGACCCUCGCAGACCCGGGUAG